UCCCAGACCAGGGCACGAACCCGUGUCCCCUGCAUCGGCAGGCGGACUCUCAACCACUGCGCCACCAGGGAAGCCUGGGGAGCGCUUUUUAAGUGGUUUCAGUGAGAGGUUAAAACCCAACCCGACGAACCACAGCCUCUCUGGUCUUCCUCCUUGCCCUCGUCCUUGGGGUGGAGUUAUGGUGCAGCAUGGCUUGUGGCCAGGUAGUAUGGAAGAGGAAGUGUGACUCUUAACGAAGGGGAAUUGAACAGCCCAGCUUUGGGAAGUAGAGAGAGAAAAGCGAACAAACCAGGCCUGGCAGAGGGCCUCCAGGGGGCACCUUGGUAAACAGUGCCUCGGGAACUGGGAAUUCAGUUGGUUUGAUUUUUUUUUUUUCCUUCAAUACUAGGAAACAAGGGCAAUUGCAAAGAUAUUCCAAAACAGAGAAUUACUGACAUCUAGUUGGCUCUGGAGUGUACUGAGGUUUAAAAAUCAUAUUUACCUUAUGAAUAUGUCAACCUUAGGCUAGUAUUAACAUGCACUUCCUGAUUGGCCAGUAGGGAGUGACACCUGGGUAGCAGGGCCACACCAUCAGCCCGGGAGUGAACAAGAUUCAGAAUUCAGAGCAAAUCCUGGAGAUCAGAUUCACGGGAAUCUCUGUGUGUGUGAUUGUCCCAGCUCUUUUAGGAUCUGAGUGUUGAGUUAUGUCCCCACCGAGGCACCCCACGACGACAGACAGGCGGUUAGCAUGGCUGAGAAACUAGACCUGCACGGAGGGCCCGCAGAAAUGGGUUUCUGGCUGAGUCCUACGCGGUCGGUGGCAGCGAGGAGGAGAGGCCUAGGCGUCUGGAGCAAGGCUGAGAUGGAGCAGUCCUGGAGUGUGUGAACAGGCCAGAGCCCUACCCGCCUGGCGCAUCAUGGUCCAGAGGCUGGGGGUGAGCCGCCUGCUGCGGCAUCGGAAAGCCCAGCUCCUGCUGGUCAACCUGCUGACCUUCGGCCUGGAGGUGUGCCUGGCUGCGGGUAUCACCUACGUGCCACCCCUGCUGUUGGAAGUGGGGGUAGAGGAGAAGUUCAUGACCAUGGUGCUGGGCAUCGGUCCGGUGCUGGGUCUGGUCUCGGUCCCGCUCCUAGGCUCGGCCAGCGACCACUGGCGUGGGCGCUAUGGUCGCCGGAGGCCCUUCAUCUGGGCCCUGUCCCUGGGCGUCCUGCUGAGCCUCCUCCUCAUCCCGAGGGCCGGCCGGCUGGCGGGGCUGCUGUGCCCGGACACCAGGCCCCUGGAGCUGGCGCUGCUGAUCCUGGGCGUGGGGCUGCUGGACUUCUGUGGCCAGGUGUGCUUCACGCCGCUGGAGGCCCUCCUCUCUGACCUCUUCCGGGACCCAGACCACUGUCGCCAGGCGUUCUCCGUCUACGCCUUCAUGAUCAGCCUGGGGGGCUGCCUGGGCUACCUUCUGCCUGCCAUCGACUGGGAUGCCAGUGCCCUGGCCCCCUACCUGGGCACCCAGGAAGAGUGCCUCUUCGGCCUGCUCGCCCUCAUCUUCCUCACGUGCGUGGCAGCCACACUGUUUGUGGCUGAGGAGGCAGCGCUGGGCCCAGCCGAGCCCGUGGAAGGGCUGUCGGUCCCGUCUGUCCCACCCCACUGCUGCCCGUGCCACGCCCGCCUGGCUUUCUGGAACCUGCGCGCCCUCUUUCCCCGGCUGCACCAGCUCUGUUGCCGCAUGCCUCGCACCCUACGCCGACUCUUCGUGGCCGAGCUGUGCAGUUGGAUGGCAUUCAUGACCUUCACACUGUUUUACACAGACUUUGUGGGCGAGGGGCUAUACCAGGGUGUGCCCAGGGCUGAGCCAGGCACCGAGGCCCGGAGACACUAUGAUGAAGGGGUCCGGAUGGGCAGCCUGGGGCUGUUCCUGCAGUGUGCUAUCUCCCUGCUCUUCUCUCUGGUCAUGGACCGGCUGGUGCAGCGAUUCGGCACCCGGGCAGUCUAUCUGGCCAGCGUUGUGGCUUUCCCCGUGGCUGCCGGCGCCACGUGCCUGUCCCGCAGCGUGGUGGUGGUGACCGCUUCAGCUGCCCUCACUGGGUUCACCUUCUCUGCCCUGCAGAUCCUGCCGUACACGCUAGCGUCCCUCUACCACCGGGAGAAGCAGGUUUUCCUGCCCAAAUACCGCGGAGAUGAUGGAGGUGGUACCAGUGAGGACAGCCUGAUGACCAGCUUCUCGCCGGGCCCUAAGGCCGGAUCUCCCUUCCCCAAUGGACUCGCGGGUGCUGGAGGCAGCGGCCUGCUCCCUCCUCCACCUGCACUCUGCGGGGCCUCUGCCUGCGAUGUCUCCAUGCGUGCAGUGGUGGGCGAGCCACCGGAGGCCAGGGUUGUUCCGGGCCGAGGCAUCUGCCUGGACCUUGCCGUCCUGGACAGUGCCUUCCUGCUGUCCCAGGUGGCCCCGUCUCUGUUUAUGGGCUCCAUUGUUCAGCUCAGCCAGUCUGUCACUGCCUAUAUGGUGUCGGCUGCAGGUCUGGGUCUGGUUGCCAUUUACUUUGUCACACAGGUGGUAUUUGACAAGAGCGACUUGGCCAAAUACUCUGUGUAGAGUACUUCCAACCCAUUGAGGGAGGACCUGCCUCACUGGGUCCCAGCUCUCCCUAUUCCAGUCCCCCGUUGGCGGUGGGGCUGUGGGCUGGCCUUCCAGUUUCUAUUGCUGCCAAAGUGGUGUGGCUCUCUGCUGCCGCCCUGUGGCAGUGAGGUGUAUAGCUGCACAAGUAGGGGACUGGGGCUUCUUCCCUCCCACCUCUCCUCAGUCUUUAGGGCUGGCUGACUGGAAGCUCUCCAGCAGGCUUCAGUCUGGACUUCCACAAGGAAAGAAGGGCAGGGCAUUUAAUUAACUCUGUGCACUGGAAUGCAGGACUCUGCCGGGGGAUCACCCAGGCUCAGGGUUAACAGCUAGUGUCCUGGUUGAGAAAUACCCAGAGAAGGGAUUUGGGGAGCUGAGUAAACUCAGCCACCUCGUCUCCUGCAACCAAGACCUCUUAUCCCAUAGGUUCUCCCAGUGUCGCUCUUGCAUGGGUGUUUGUGAUGUGAAACGGCUCCUCUACAGGAUUUGAAAGUAUGAAAGUUAUUGGGGGACGCGGUCCCGAGGGGAGAAGGGAAGCUGCCUAACCCCACAGCGCCACCUCUCUCCUGUUCCCCCUCCCCUGCAUUUUAUUAGGACUUGGCUUGUUGGCCCCUGUGUUGCCAUCACAGGGACACGGGUUUUUAAAUAAUUAACUUAUUUAUUUAAGUAGAAGGGGAAUCGAUGUGUUUAGGGGUUGGGUAGGAUGAGAUCCCUAAUGACUAGGUCCCCUGAGACGAUUGGUUAUUGGGCUGAGAAUUGUCAGAAUCUCCUUCUCCUGGAGUGAUUGGUCUGGCCCCAGAACUGCCUAACCCUGAGCCUGGAAGCUCUGCUUACCCCAACUGAUAUCCCAAAUCCUGUUACCCAAGGCGGGGAGGGCUGGGGAAAUGUGAAGGGUGGGGCUUCAGGUCUCAGCAGCCUCCGUAGCCUCACCUCCCCUCUUGGCCCUGCCGUCCCCCCCAGCUCCCCUCUGCUCCCUCUAGGACUGGGCUGAUGAAGGAGCUGCCCAACCCCACCUUUCCCCACUGGCUCCACAGCCCUCUCCUUGGGGCUGUUUUAGGACCAGAAGCACAGAGUGUGGCUCCUUGAACCUUUAUCCGUCUCAGCCCCCAGGGCAUAUCUGUGCUUGGGGAAUCUAGCACAGAAACUCAGGAGCACCCCCUGCCUGGGCUAAGGAGGUCUUAUCUCCGGGGGCUUUAAGUGCCGUUUGCAAUAAUGUUAUGUCUUAUUUAUUUAGUGGAGUAAAUAUUUUAUACUGUAUGUGAGCAAUCAGAGUAUAAUGUUUAUGGUGAUGAAAUUAAAGCCUUCUUAUAUGUUUAA